AGUAGCCGGACGUAGUCUAAUUCGUUAAUCAAAACAAACACAGAGAGAUGGAGUAGUAAACAAACAAUGAACGAACACUAACAUGAAGCUAACAGCUAGCAUGAAGAUUGGAUCUAAAUGAUUUUUAAUUCAUUAAUAUCAUCUUUAUAAAAUUCCCCAUAAUUUUUUUCUUAUAACUUGUUUGUUCUAAAUGGAAAAUAUGCAUAUUUUAAAUAUUUUGCUUACUGCCUAGCAUAUUGUUUUGAUUUUAAGGAAGGGGAAUUAUGAAGACAGUAUUCCAGAAAUUUUUCCUCUUUUUCUUAUUUUGUCAGUCAUGAUUGUAUGAAACUUGAUUUAUUAUAGAAUUCCAUUCACAAGAUAUGCAUAUGUAAUUAUAAACGAUGAUUGAUUGUAUGCAAACCUGAUUAAAAAGGAACUUCUCUAGAAUUUUGAAUGCAUAUCAGCUAUCAAUUAUGAAUACAAAUGAUAACGUGGAUAAAAGUCUCACAAAGAUAACCAUACAUUUUUGUGACAACCUUAAACUUGGGAGGUUAUUGACAAGGCCAGUAGUGUGUAUGCGAGUUAUUGAUUCCUCUCAAGGCUCUUUACUUAAAAAGCAAGACAAAAACAAACCAGCAGUAUCCUUUUAUGAAACUCAGAGAGGUAAUAUUGACUACAUUAUGCCUCUGAUGACUCAUCCUGCUGCUGUGGAUGGUGAUAAAUUACAGUUGUUGAAAUGGGAAGAAUCUUUUCUCUUACAGGAAAGCCUGGAAUAUCUCAUUAAAAAGGAAUCCAGCACAAUAUUGUUUUUUGAGGUCAUGGAUUGUGUACCUAAAUCAGUUACCAAAGAUAAUUAUGAGAGAUUACAUGAUAAUGGAAUGCGUAAAAUAGCCUGGGCAUUUCUAAAGUUGCUUGGUUCCAAUGAGGUCAUAAACAUUGGGCAAAGAUUACGAUUGCAGCUCUACAAACCUCUACCUUCACAAAAGAGAAAGAAAACGUCUGAAAUUGAAGUGUUUCAGUGGUGGUCAAAGAGCACAAAAUCUCCUCUUCAAGCUUCACUCCUUGUAUCUAUUGAACCUCAUGAAAUUUUUUCAAUUGAGCCUUCUUUGCGAUCAAUGUUACCAUUUCAAGAAGAAACAACUAUUUCUGUGUCUAACAAAUCUAUUGAAAAAACCAACUCUUCUAACAAUUCAAUUGAAAAUUCUAAUGAAAGCUCUAAUACUGCUGGGAACUCUAUAUAUAAAUGGUCAAGAAAGGAUGGAGAGCCUUGUAAAAUACCUACUACCAAUUCAUUAUCCUUAGCUACUUCAGGCUCUUGUCAAAUACUAAAAUUUAGCUCUUCUGGAAGAUUUCUCAUAGCAGGCAGUGGUCUUUCAAGUCAGUUCUUUAUAUCUGUUUAUGAGAUUCCUUCUGGAAAGUUUUUAACAAAGAAAUUAGCUCAUUCUGAUGUAAUAUAUGACAUUGAAUGGUGCAGUGAUGAUUCUUGUUUUAUAUCUACUUCAGGAGAUUAUAGUGUAAAACUAUGGUGCUCAGAAUCAUGGACAUUUAAAGCUUCAUUUGUACAUCCUUCAUAUGUUUAUGCUGCCAAAUUUCAACCUGGAACUAAGAAUAUUAUUUGUACAGCUUGUUAUGAUCAUAUUGUGCGAAUAUGGACAUACAACAAUGCUGUUCAACUUUUGCAAGAACUAGAAGGCCACAAUGGUUCAGUCAACACAUUAUGUUGGAUUGAGAGAAAAAUGAAAUUAUUAUCUGGUGACAGUCAUGGCCUUAUAAAUGUGUGGAAAAUCCCAAAUAUUUCAAAAUAUUCUAUGAACCGAAAUGAAAGAAAAUUUGAGAAGUAUGUUCAUGUAAAGGAACUAAAUAUCCCUGCAAUUAAGAUAACAUCUGUUGAUAAAAUUAUUGAUGGCCUUUCAGAUGUUGUUCAUGUAUUUUGCGGGGAUGGUAGCGUUCGAUCAGUUGAUUUCAUAAAAGAUCAAGUCUUAUUCCAAUAUGAAUUACCUAUGAAACCUCAAAAUCCCUUAUCUGGAUGCUGUUCACCUUGUGGAAAUUUGCUUUUUCUCUCUAGCAGUAAUGGAAGCAUUUGUGUAUGGAAUACAAAAUCAAAACACAUUGAUGCUACAUUGCCAAAUAACCUACAUCCUUGUCAAUUAUCAUGUAUUGAAUACCAUCCAUAUGAGCACAUGUUUGCUGUCAGCUCAUUGGAAGAAACUAUAUGUGUACACAUUUACACAUUCAGCAACAAAACUGAAGAGAUGUCAACAAAUUCAACAGUUCUGGAUUCAACUAAAAAAGCAACUCCUAAAGAAAGCAAAAAAUCUCCCAAAAACAAAGGGGCUUUCUGUAGUUUGGAAGCAUCAAGUGAACCAUCUUUUGAAGAAAAAAAUAGAUUUCUCGUCUGGUUGUGUCUAAAUGGUUUCUCUUUUUCACUUAAAGUGAGUGGCGUAAUUUUAAUGUAUGUUCGAGGGGCAUCCUACUUACCAUACAACUCUUAA